GAACGCAUUGCUACGCUUCCAUUUCUGUCCGAACUUUCAAGUGCCGCUUCCAACGCAUGUCCGUUUUGUCAUAGACUUAACGUGAUAUUCUAUAAUUCUUAUAGAGAAAAAACUUGGUGGCAAAAUUCGGAUCUACACCUCUGUUUCCGAAUCCGAUACAUAUGGAGAGGAUAUCGACGUUCCAGACAAGGAGAGCCAACGUAUUCUCUCGAAUGCCUAGAUACUAUCGUCCGCCAUCCUGGGUGUGCCAAGGACACUGUAGACGUGUUUAAAUUCACCAUUGGAGCUUGGCCAGGACGAUGCCGAGAUUGGCUGAACAUCCGAAGAUAUCCAUUGGAUACCACAGGAGUAGUAUCGGAGCGUAAUAUCACGUUAAUGAACAAAUGGAUUGAUGACUGCGCUGCGAAUCAUGACCGUUGCAAGACUAGAGACAGGCGAUCCACGGUCUUGCCCACACGCUUAUUGGAUAUCGACACUGGCACAGAUGUUAACCACUUGAGACUUGUCGACAAUACUGAAGCUCUCUCACGGAAUAUGCUAGGUGGGAAGUUAAAAUACGCUACGCUGAGCUACUGUUGGGGAUCCUCGGUAUCUCUGAAGACGACAUCAGCAUCGCUGGCUACACACAAAGAACGGAUUUCUGUGCAUGCUAUGCCAAAUGUCUUCCAGGACGCAAUGUUCGUCGUCCGAAAGCUUGGAAUCAGAUAUCUUUGGAUCGAUGCAUUAUGCAUCGUCCAAGAUAAUCCAGCUGACUGGGAGCAAGAGUCAACAAAGAUGAGCGACAUUUUUUAUAAUUCGUUUAUCACGGCUUGCGCAGCUGCAAGCACCGGAAGCGAUGAGUCUUUUCUUCAGAGGCCGACAAAACCUUCUUUUACUGUUCCCUUUCGGUCCAUUCUAAAGCCUGAUAUCUCUGGGGAAUACUCAAUUUUCCUAGACCCCAGACCAAUAAUGCGAAUAGAAGCAGACCUUGACUUCCGUAGUUCCAGAUGGAACAGUCGCGCAUGGGUAUGGCAGGAGCAGACAAUGGCCACUAGAUCGCUCAUAUUUGGAAAGUAUAUGGUACAGAUGCGAUGUCAAGCAUGCAUCCAGACAGAAGACGGAGACCAUCUGUGGCCAGAGGAAAAUCUCGAUAGUGACCUACUGGAUAACCAGCAUUGGAAUUAUGCAGUAUGGGACUAUUCAGCGAGGGAUAUAACUUUUGCUAGCGACAAGUUGCGCGCUAUAGCCGGUGUAGCGAGGUUCAUCAGCAAAGCAAAGGAAAAUGCCGGUCGCAAUACAGAGUACCUUGCCGGAAUCUGGCUAAACGACAGUUUUUUCGACGAGCUGUGUUGGGCUAUUGAGAAGCCAAAAGCCUCAUAUAAGGAGAUGAUGGCAGGCUUUGUGGACGAAAACAAUUAUUGCGCCCCGUCUUGGAGCUGGGCCUCAAGAAGAGACGCCGUAAGCAAAAUAGCUCCCAGUGGUUACAGGAAAGAAGUCCGGCUGGUCUGUUACCGUCUUUCCCCAGCCGUGUCUGACCCAAUGGUUGCGGUCAAACCAGGAUCAAGCAUUACGCUCCGAGGUAAGUUGAAGCCA